AUUGCAUUUUGCCCCAACUCCCUGGCACAUUUUGGCAGCCAUGAAGUAGUUAGUGACGACUGGAGUUAAUGAUUUUGGCUUUCGCACACCUGGAGCCGUGGCUUUCUUCCAAGAUGGUUCUUAACCCCCUGGAAAUGCACUGCACCUUGAUCAUUAGUGUGUAGUGAUUUAUAUAUGCUUGACAAAGCCACGUUAACAAAAUAAUUUGUCACUCCAGAGCUGGGGGGCUCUUAGUGAAAAAGAAAUUGCCCUGGCCUGGCAGUACAUUUGCCAACAGAGAUUGUUCAUCUUACAAAGGGGCAGCGUUGAAUAUUUUUAAAAAUCCAAUAGCUUCACUUGCUGCUCUGACACUCUCGCCCGGUGAACUCAGGGGCAAUGGACUUUGAAACUGCCCUGCCUUUCCUGGGGUUACAAGUCAACCACGGAGGGGAACUGGGCCGCGUUUCUCCCUCCCAUGGGCUCCAGCCUCGGCGCCUAGGAGGAGAGAGGGGAGGGGCCAGGGCCGGGCUGCACCGUCCCCGGACGUGAGUGCCCGGGCGAGGAGCAAGGGAGGGGAGAGAGCCGAGGAGAGCAGAGCAGUGAAAUGCACACAUAAUGAGUACCGCAGUGAGGCUCACAGAACAUAAAACAAGAGAUGACCAAGGGAUGGAAGGAAACUAUGUCCUUUAUGGAUCUUCUUCUGCCCAAAUCACUGAAGAAACAGAAUACAUAAAAAAGAUCAGAUCCACACUAGCAAAGAUUCAAAAUCAGCAGCCUUUCCGGGUGCCCAGAAAUGAGUUGGAGGCUGAGAAGGACACGCUUAACUCCAGCUACAAUCUAACCAUGGAAAAGCUGAAAGAAACUGACCAGCAGCUCUUGCUUGUGAACAGGGAGAAUGAAAUACUAAAGAUCAAGCUGGAUGCAACAAGAGAAGCAGGUGCACAGUCUCUAAGACAUGCCUCGAAAAGUCUAUAUGAGAAUUAUUACAGUCGGUCUGAAGAACUGAAGAAAAAGCAUGAAGAUGAUAAACUGCUGAUGCAGGCCUCCAAACUUGAGCAAGAACAAAAACUCAAACAAAAUCUAGAAAAUGCCAAUUGUGUAACUGAAAGACUCGAAGAAAAGUACAACCAGAUUACAGACAUGGAGAAACUAGUGCAACGAAUGGAAGAGGAAAAGAAAACAUUAAUAGAAAAAAAGCAGUUAUUUGAAGAGAAGCUUCUAUCAAACUCUGAAGAUACCAAGAGCUGUCGUGAUCUUCAAGUGGAGAUUUUCACUGUACAAGAACAGAUUUCUCACUUGCAGCAUGUGAUCCAGACCCAGCAUCAAAGUCUACGCAGUGUGAUACAAGAGAUUGAAGAACUGAACAUCGGACUACAAAACCAAGAUAAAAAAAUUAAGACUAUGAAAGAAAAGAUAACUAUGCUUGAAGCUCAGAAUAAAGAACUUAAAUACAAAGUGGAAUUCUGGUCUGGCCAACCCAAGAUUAAAGUUUCAAAAGGUGUCUCAACAACUUCUUCCAGGAUUGAUGGGGUAUCCCCCUAUUCAUUGCUAGCUAGGCUACGGAAGCAAAAUGGUUAGAUGAGUCCAUCGGUGGUGUCUGUUCCAGCUUCCUCAUAAGGAGCUCUGUGUAUCUAUGCUAAUGACCCUUCAUUCAGUCCUUCCAUUAUAAUACAGCAACUUGACAUGCUUGGCCACCAGGAAUAGCACUUGUACAGAAGAAGAUUCAUUAAAUGAAUAAACAAAUUUGGAUUUAAGGCAAGAACUGAAGAGACGUGUUCUUAUAGUAACAUACAGUAUAAUUAAAUGACAGCAGCAUCCUAUGGACAUUGCUGAUGGGGAAAUAUAUGUCAUUGUAACAGCUUCUUACCUAUUGAAGAGUCCAUCUUCAACAAGCAUUUUAUGGGCCAUGAGGUACAUCAAACAGCUAAGAGGAUAUUCAAGAUUAACGAACUAAAACUUUCAUAAUUGUAUACAAAAAAGACUGGUGUUUAUCCAGUUUUAACACAAUACUGUAAUGUGACUAAACUUUUUUAAAUUGAGAAAUGAAUUUAAUAAAUUAUUUAAUCUUUUCAAUC